CGUGGUGCAACUAGAGGACGACCGACUGCAUCAGCUCCGCUCUGAAACAUUUCAGCUUCUCCACCUCGCUGGAAGUUCCCCAUAAAAAGGAGGAGCAAGACUCACCCCGUCGUAGUUAACACUGCGUUUAUUCGACGCCUUAGUUAAUACAAAAUUAUCCACCAUGAAGUUAUUGUGGGCUGUCAGCGCCCUGCUGCUGAGCUGCUGGCGAGCGAAUGCUUCCACAGCCCCAAACAUCAUCACUGAACCGUCUGAGGUCAGCAACCAGACCUCUGCGGUCCUCAGCUGCAACCUGACAGAGUCCAACCUUCCCAUUAAGGGUUCCCACUGGAUGUACAAUGGCAAAGUCAUUGAAACCUCCCAGUCUGGUGAUGCUGCUCCAUUCACAACCCUUCGUUUGGACAAAAUCACUCACAGUUCCGGUGGAAAAUAUGAAUGUGUCUUCCUGACUGAGCCAGAGGCGAAGCAGACGAUUGAAGUAAAAACUCUUCCACAUGUUGCCGCCUACAAGCACUCUGAGCACGGCAACGAGAAGGACAAAGGCUCCAUGGUGUGUGUGAGCCACGGAUACCCUCUACCCACUGACUGGACUUGGUUCAAAGAGGAAGAUGGCAGCAUGAGGCCUAUCAUCAACGGCACUGUCGAGAAAUAUGAGAUCAAGAGCACUCCUAACAAGACCACCCUGAUCAUUAAUGACCUGAGCAUGGAAGGAGACAUCGGAGACUACGUCUGCUCUGGAACCAACGAGCUCGGAACAACCACCGAUAAGAUCCACCUGCGUGUUCGCAGCCGCCUGGCUGCUCUCUGGCCGUUCCUCGGCAUCGUGGCUGAGGUCAUCAUCCUGGUGACCAUCAUCUUCAUCUAUGAGAAGAGGAGAAAGCCCGAUGAGAUCACCGACGAUGACGACUCAGGAUCUGCUCCUCUUAAGAGCAACUCUACUGCAAAUCACAAAGACAAGAAUGUGAGGCAAAGGAACUCUAACUAGAAGCUGAAAGAGAUGGACGUGAGGAUGUUGAUGGUCCAGAAUCCAGCUGUCGUGUGGCACAUUAUACUGUGCACCCUGCAAUUUUAAGUACCUUCUUGUGCUUUGGGUGUUAAUGUUUUAAGAAACUGACUGAUUUCCUCUCAUUUUGUUUUUCUUCUAUAUUCUUCUCCACAUUGUGCAGCCACAGAACAUAGUGUGAAGUAAUUUCUGCUUGAGGCCGCGGGGCAAAUAUUGCAUGAGUUUAAUGAUGUUCUAGCAAAGUGUGUGUUUGUUGUAAAAUCAUAAAGAGUUCAUGUGAAGGAUUGCCCGUCCAUGGUUAUUUUCUGUUCAUGCUGAUGCUUCCUACACCGACAUCAUAGUUGUCGGUCUCGGCUUUUAUAUUCUCCAAUCUGGAAUGAUAACUUUAUAAAGUUCUGCUCAGAGGAUCUGAAACAUUUUUUAUCCUGCUGAGUCACUGCCGUUCUUCUAGCAAUGUUAGCAGAGUUUUAUACUUUGCCUUAACAAAAACCAUUUCUCUUUUGUAUGUAAAUGCAAAAUUUCAAAUGAAAUGACAAAAUUAUUAAUUAUGUUGCCAUAAGAAAUUACAGUUGUUUUCGUAGGAGAGCAUUUUGUUCUUUUCAUCUAGCUUUAAUUUCCUUUUCCUGUUCACAUUUUAAAAAUCAGUUUUAGUCACCAAUGCUUUUGUUCCCAAUUUCACAUUCAAAGUAAAACUAUAUUAUGGACCAAGUGCAUGAGACCCAGCAACUGCUGCCUCUGUUGAAUACAACUUGAAUACUGCGUGCUAAUGUUUCAAUGAAUUACAGAAGAUCAACAUUUAAUAAGAUGUUUUUCUUUCUCACUCAACGUGAUCUGAGUUAAACAUUUGUGUGCGAUUGUUGGACUGUCGUCUCUGUUCCUUCACUGUGUAGAUGAUUCAGAAGCCAUAUGUUUCAUUUAAACUGAUUAGUGUUGUGAUUGGAUGUUACCAUUACAGAAUUACACAGAUUAAAAAGACCUAGCCAGAGUUGUGUAACUUGUUGUACCAUCCAAAACCAUCUGUUGUACAACUUGCACAAACUGAAUAAAGGUAUUCGAUUUUA